AUGGGCAAGUGCACACCAGAAGGCAGAGAACUCAGAUCUCACCUCAAGGAGGGCAUUGAAGAGAACUGUGCGAAAUGUACCCCUGCCCAACGUUCUGGAACCCGACGAGUCUUGGCACAUUUGAUCAACCACGAGCCCGACUACUGGAACCAAUUGAAAGCAAAAUACGACAGCACGGGAAAACACUCAGCUCAGUAUGAAAGGGAACUCAGACAGCACUAA